AUACUUCUUCUCCUCGAAUCUCUUUUCACUACAGCUUCGGGUCCUGAAAACCAAAGGAGGACCCACGCACGCAACACACGCAUGAAGCCAAACUGUGCAUAGCGAGAAAUUUAGAGAUUUAUAUUUAUGAUUUAUCUUUAUAGAGCCAUAUAUAGCAACAGGGAGAGAGAGAACUUCUUCUAAGUCAUGGAUUCGCUCGUUGUGGUAGAAUUUCAAGCACCCUUUUUUGGGUUGGGAUUUUGGUGGUAAUGUGAUGUGCUUAAUUAUUGGAUAAUUCUAAAUAUGGAUUUAUCUUUUGAGGGAACUGCACUUGAUCCAUCAAAAUGUAGCAAACUAAGCUUGGAUGAAAAGAGAGAACUAGUCUAUCAAUUAUCAAAAUGUGCAGGUGCCUGUGAAAUGCUACAGUCAUGGAGCCGUCAGGAAAUUUUGCAGAUUCUGUGUGUGGAGAUGGGAAAAGAAAGAAAAUAUACAGGCUUGACAAAGUUGAAAAUCAUAGAGCACCUUCUUAAAAUUGUGUCUGAAAAGAAAGCUGGGGAAUGUAUGGCCACCACAGAUGUUGAGACACCUGUCCAAAGAUCUUCCAGGCAGAGGAAAACUGAUAACCCAUCCCGGUUAACUGUUUCAGUUAACUAUGCUGCUGUUAACAAUGGAGGCAAUGAUUUAGGUAAUACAGUGUACUGUAAAAACUCAGCUUGCAGAGCUACCUUAAAACAAGAAGAUGCAUUUUGCAAAAGGUGUUCAUGUUGCAUCUGUUAUAAGUAUGACGACAACAAGGAUCCCAGCCUGUGGUUAACUUGCAGCUCAGAGCCUCCAUUUCUGGAUGCUGCAUGUGGCAUGUCAUGCCAUCUUGACUGUGCCUUAAGACAAGAAAGGUCAGCCAUUGGAAAAGAAGGAUAUGAUGGGAGCUUUUGUUGUGUAGCUUGUUGGAAAGUGAAUGAUUUACUUGGAUGCUGGAGAAAACAAUUAUUGAUGGCUAAAGAUACCAGGCGGGUAGACAUACUAUGUUAUCGCGUGUCCUUAAGUAAAAAACUUCUCAACAAGACUGGAAAGUAUCAAAAACUUUAUGAGAUUGUGGAUGAAGCUGUGAAGAAGCUUGAAGCUGAAGUGGGUCCAUUAACUGGCUUACCUGUAAAGAUGGGUAGGGGUAUUGUAAAUAGGCUUUCUUCAGGACCAGAUGUUCAAAAAUUGUGUGCUUUUGCUUUGGAAUCACUGGACAAAAUGCUUUCACAUACUAUCGUGCAUCCAUUCCCUGAUUCAAUGAUAAGAGAUUUAAAUGCAAGAGCUUCAACGGUGGUCAGAUUUGAAGAUGUAUAUGCAACUUCACUUGCUGUGGUUUUGGGUUCUGAAGAUCCUUCACCAAGUAAUGUUGUUGGUUAUACCUUAUGGCAUCGCAAGGCUCAGGAUACUGAUUAUCCUACAGAACCAACAUGCACGCUGUUGGUACCAAACACAAGGUUUGUUAUUACAGGUCUAUCUCCUGCUACAGAAUACUUUUUCAAAGUUCUUUCCACCAAUGAUGUAAGAAGAGAAAUCGGCAUGUUCGAAGUUCAAUGCUGUACUCGAGAUAAAGACCCAAACUGCUCGGUUGUGGAAAGAAGUCAGAGCCUAACAACCAACUGUAGCAGUCUUUCUAAUCCAUCAUCCGUGGAAGAUGAAACUAAUCACAAUGCUACAUGUGGUGACCAGAUUAUUAACCGGGAAGACAAUUAUCUUAGUUAUCGUGAUGACACUGAUAAAAUAGUUUCUUCUAUUGUUUCCAAUGGUGUAAUAACCUGUAUUGGUGCAAGUGGAGGAGCCACAAGCGAUGCAGUGCCCUUGUUAGAUGAGGAACAUGCUAUGCAGGUAGUUACCUUGCCCAGUUCUGAUGUACAUAAGUGUCACAACAAUCAUUUGCCAGAUUACCAAAUAGUUGAUGAGAUAAGCACAGAUAAUCGGUCAGAAACCCCUGUUCAAACUGGUUUGGAGUGUGUACCAUUUGUGGGCAACUCGGAUGCUAGUUUGCCUAUCACUCCUUGCAAGUUGGAAAUAAUUAAGGAAGUCCAAGGAAGACAUGCACGAUCAAAAUCCAGCAACAAGGACCUGUUAAAUGGUACUGGGAAAGGAGAUGAGGCCCAAGAUGCCAGAACAUCAAAGAAGGGAAGUGGGGAAAGGCAAGAUGACGAAUGUAUGGCCAAUGGUCAUUCAGAUGGGGAUUUCGAAUAUUAUGUAAAGGUUAUCAGAUGGUUAGAAUGUGAGGGACAUAUUGAGAAGAAUUUCAGGCAGAAAUUCUUGACUUGGUAUAGUUUAAGAGCAAGCCCACAAGAACUAAGGGUUGUGAAGGCAUUUGUUGAUACCUUGAUUCAAGAUCCAGCAUCACUUGCAGAGCAGCUCAUGGAUACCUUUUCGGAAUGUAUUUCGUGCAAGAGAUCGUCUCUUGUGCCUUCUGGCUUCUGCAUGAGGCUUUGGCAUUGACAACCUUAGUGUUUCCUGCAACUAGGUAUCAUAGUUGCCUCCAUGAACCUGUCGUGGGUUCAUGUGGGCAAUAAUUCUUUAGACCCCAUUAACAUUCAUCAUUUAGACUAUCAUCAUUUACGUGUAUCAUCAGUAUUUGACACUAGUGCUGUAAGAAUGUCCGAAUUAAUUAUAGUGCCCUUUCACAUUUGUUAUAGCUUUUGGAAUUAAUGGUUGGUUUGCUACGCGGAUUAUGAAUCCUCAGUUCAUUUAAUACAUGACAAUUGUUGAA